AUGGAUUCUGACGAAGAAAAUAGGGUUCUUUUUUAUCGGCAAGUUAAGUCUCACGGUGAUGGAUUUGAUCAGAUGAUCGAGGACCAGAAGGAUAACGAAGGGUUCGAUCAGGGAUCUUCCGACGAGUUACAGAAGAUGAGCGAAAAGCCGUUUUCGUCUUACUUGGAGCUCCGCGAAGGAAAAUCUGAGAGUAAAACUAACGGAGCUUCAGCUUCAGGUUCGUCAUCAGUUCGAGUUUGUGAUUUCUGUGGAAGAGAGUUCAGUUCUGGAAAAGCCCUAGGAGGUCACAGAAGAUAUCACAUUCAAGCUCAGAAAAAGAUGGAGGCGCAGAGUCAGGCUCAAGAACGAGAAAAGGUGAAUCGUCAUCAAUAUCCUUCAAAUAAUUAUACCCUAAGAAUCAAGCCCAAUAAUAUCUCCGAGGAUUGCGUCGGCGAUGAUAAUCUCAUCAUCAAAUCGAACAUUGGGAAUCUCAAUUCUUCGAGAUCUUUCCGUUGUUGUGUCUGCGACAAGAAUUUCCCCUCCAAGAAGUCAUUGUUCGGCCAUAUGAGAUCUCAUCCUGAGAGAGAAUGGAGAGGUAUGAACCCUCCUUUCACUGAUCACGUUCUGGCUUCUUCUUCUUCUGCAGAAGUCUUCAAAGUAGAAGAUAAGUAUCAAGAUAAUGAUGAAGUUAAUCUUAACAACAAUAAUGGAUCUUCAUCUUCAACUUUAGAAGAGUCAGUAGUAGUUGAUCUUUCUUCAUCUUGUUCUGGAAGUAGCUGGCGCAAGAAAGAUAGAAGAGGAAGAAAAAGCAUUGGAGCUGCAGAAGCAGCUCAAACCCUUAUUGAGAUGUAUCUCUAUGGAAGCUACGAGCCACUAUUACCAGUGAAGAAAAGGAAUAGGGAUGUGAAUGAUGUUGGUUCUUCACAACCUGGAAAACAAAGCUCGGAUUACAAGGAGAAGCUAGAGUUAAAAGCUGAUGAGAAUAAUAUCUGGGAGAUGAAAGUGAUCAGCUUAAUGAAAGAGAAGAAGCUUAGGAAGAAGAACAAGAAGUUAAAGAAAGGUCCAGAGAUUAUCAAGUCAGAAGGAGAAGUGCUGAUAAGAACUCUGAAGGAAGAAGUGAAAAAGUCACAAAGCUAUGUCUGUGACAUCUGUAAUAAACCUUUCUCGAGUUUUCAAGCUUUAGGGGGACACAAAUCCAAACACAACAGAGGAAAGAACAUAGUUAUAAGCACCAAGGGGAAGGAAGUAGUGGAAGAACAAAGAGGAGGAGGAGGAGAAGCAGAAGAAGAAGAGGACAAGGUUUGCAUCAAUGGAGCUUUGUCAAGUGCAGGACUGAUGAGUUGUGAAGAAGAAGAGGACGAAGAAGAAGAAGGAGAAGGAGCGUCUCUGAUUGUUAGUGAAGAGAGAUUAGGAUCAAGUUCGAAUGAUCAAGAGAAUAACAGUAAUGAAGAGGAAUUGGGAGAGGCAAGUCAUCAAUCUGCAGGUUCGAAAAUUCUGGAUUUUGAUCUGAAUGUGCCUUAUGUUUCGGAGCACGAAGUAACUGAUGAUAUAUAA